GUUUUUCAGACACACAUUUCUCACCAGAAUUCAGACCUCAGUAAUGCAGCACUUCAAACAAUGGGAUUUUGUGUAUUUUACAGUAACAUAGCAUGCAGCAUAUCAGCAACUGAGGUACAAGAAUUACUGUCGUCACUUAACAGUAUUGCUGUAAAAGCAACUGAUAAAAACACAUGCACAAGAGCACUUUGGGUGAUUUCAAAACAGCACUUCUCUGCAGAAGAUGUUGGAAAGGCGGUACUGUCAAUUCUUUCUACAUUAGAAAACGUAUUAAACAAAGAUGUGCAGUCAGUUGUCAUUGCCUAUGAAGCACUAAAUGUUGUUAUAAAACUGUUGGAACAGACACCUGCUCAGAUGACAGAUGAGGCAGUCCGAUGGGCAAAGAUUAUUAUCCCAUUGGUUGUUCACUCUGCACUCUGCACCCAAGGUUCGAUUAAGAGCCGCAACAGCAUUAGAACUCGGUGUGCCACUCCUGCUUCAGAAGCAACAGGAGGUGGCAGCCUUAACAGAACAGCUCAUGACCUCUAAAAUUAUUGGAGAACUCAACAAGCUGUUUACUAGCAAGAACGAGACCUAUGUUUUGAAAUUGUGGCCUUUGUUCGUCAAGCUGCUUGGGAAGACGUUACAUCGCAGUGGCAGCUUUAUUAAUUCUUUGCUGCAACUUGAAGAAUUAGGUUUUCGAAAUGGAUCCCCUGCAAUCAAGAAGAUUGCAUUUAUUGCCUGGAAAAGUCUCAUUGAUAACUUUGCAUUAAAUCCAGACAUUUUGUGCAGUUCAAAGAGACUAAAACUUCUAAUGCAGCCGUUGAGCUCUAUCCAUGUUAGAACAGAAGCUCUGGCUCUGACUAAAGUAGAAGUAUGGUGGUAUCUCUUGAUGCGUCUUGGAUCUCAGCUGCCAAUUCACUUUGAACAGGUUUGUUUACCUUUGAUUCAAAGUGCUUUAUGUGUAGAUAGAUGCAGCUUCUCCCCAGGCACAUCAACUGCGUUCAGCUAACCCGGUUGCCUCUACACCCAUACAGAAAGGAAAUGUGUCGUUUGGCACUCCAGUCACUCCAAUUACUCCAAAAAUGAACUUGAACUCCAGUCUCUUGGCUUCUGUCGCAUUUCCAUCUGUUCAUCUUCUCGGUAUAGAGAUGAUGCUUCAUUUCCUUUUGGGUCCAGAAGUUGUGCAGUUUGCCAAUAAACACAAGCUUGUGCUCAGUUUAGAGCCUCUCCAGCAUCCAUUGAUAGGCAGUUCCUCUUUCUUCAGUAAACAUGCCAGCACUUUGCUGAAUGCUGUCCAAGAUGGAUUUAUUACCAUUGGAAAGGAUGCUUCAGGUGCUGUACUUUAUGCUGUGUGGAAAGACAUGAUAGAGUUUGUAAAGGCAGCUAUGGAGACAGGUAGUAAAAAAGAACGGCAAGGCUCCGAGGUGUUGACCUGCUUGCUGCAAACUUUGAAAAACAUAAUCACUUCAGAUUCUCUUCAGGUGGAAAAGUGCUUGAGCCUUCUGGAGUGCACCGUGAAAGGACUACCUCAAAAAGUACUGGGAUCUGCAGCAUAUCAGGUGGCAAAUAUGGAUCUUCUUAAUGGGACUCCAGCUCUCUUUCUAAUACAACUUCACUUUCAUGCUGGAAUUCUGGAACAUGGCAUUACUGAGGAAAAAUUCUUUAUAAACUUUGAAACACUUGUAAGUUACGUCUUCUCUGGUCCAACCUCACCUUUGGCGUUUAGCGAGUCUGUCCUUAGCGAACUGAAUCAAGGUGCCAAGUUGCUAGAAAACAAAGAAUUGCUUUGGCGCCUGUGGAGUAUUCUGAUUAAUCCACUGACUGAAAAAGUUAAUCAGACUAAUGAAGUAAACCAAGGUGAUGCCUUAGAACACAACUUUAGUGCCAUGCACAGUGCUUUAAUGCUACCUAUAAAUCACAUCUUCCCAGUCUCCACCUUUCCACAGCCCACUGUGAAGACAUUGAUGCGCACUUGGUCUGAAUUGUAUAAAACAUUUGCCCGCUGUGCUUCAUUAGUUACUACAACUGAUGAGAAUGUGUGCUGUGAGGAGCUCUGCUCUCGGAUACUUACAGCACUUGGGGAUCAGCCAGUGGUUUUCUCCCUGCUGGAAAGGAUUGUUCAAGUUGUUACAGUUAUGGUGGAUUCUGUGAACUUCUCCCCAUAUAGCACAAAAUUCCAACCCAAAACAAAAGCUCCUCACACUCCAACUGAUUGGGCAAAGAAGAAGAAAGGUCCUCUGGGAAAUCUAAAUUCUUUAAUGAAGCUACUUGUGAGAGUGACUGAAGAAUUUCACUUCAUGUGUUCUGAUCAGUUCCAGAUUGAGGCAAAUGCUUCAAUAUUGUCUUCCAUGGGAUCUUCUAUUCUGAGUACAUUGUCUUCCUGCAUCAGUCAUGUCAGUUUACCUUCCAUACUUAGGACAGUAUUUUCACUGCUGACAAAGCCUAUUGCUGUGUUCUACACAAAGACCAAGUCUGACUCUCCAAAAGUGUACAGUUCUCUUGGCAGUAAGUUGGAUAAACUUCUUGGUGAGGUGCUCUCCUGUUUGGGCUCUCGAUACACUGGAUCCUAUGACGACGAUCUACUUGAAGCGCUCUCACCUUUGCUCUGUGCCAUAUUUCUUCACAAGAACAAGCAGUUCCGCACUCAGGCAGCACAAUUUUGGAAUGGGUCGUUUGCCAAGGCAGCCACGUUGGUUUAUCCAGAUGAACUCAAACCCGUUUUAAGUCAAGUUAAAAAAAAAAACUCCCCUCCUGUUACCUGGCUUCACCUUUACUGCUACAACAGAGGAGUCAAGUGGUCCCUAUUCUGAUAACAUGGACAACUCUCAGUUGGGAACAAAGGUUAGCGGUAUUGAGGUGAAGUCCACAGGGAAAAGAGACUCGUUACUGGCCAGAGCAGAAGAGCGUAAAAAUAAAAGCACUCCAACAAAAAUUCCACAGGCCAAGUUGAAAUUGGAGUUUUCUUCUCCGAAUACCAAAAAGAAAAUAUUGGAAGAGGAGCAGUCAGUCGACUUUGUAUUUAUCCCUCCUGAAGCUAAAGAGAGAGUUCUUACAGAACAUCAGAAGGAAGUCCUUCGUACAAAAAGGGUGGACAUACCGACCAUGUAUAACAAUUUAGAUGCAUCACAGGACACCACUUUGUUCACACAAUAUACUCAGAGCCAGGAAAAUUCAUUGGACAAGCCAGAAGUUAGAGUGGAUACUACAGAAAAUGCUGUUCAAUCCAAGGAAGAGAAUACUCCAAAGGGAAAAGAAAUAAAGGAAGAUGAAGCCAAAGAAAUUGCAGAUAUUGUAAUGUUGGAAGAUGAAGUUGAAAAGUCCAAAUCUUUUAAUGACUCUGCUGUGUUAAACACUUCAAAAGAAGUGCAAAACUCCUCAAAUAUCAGCAAUAGUUCUUUGGAUAUGGUGCUGGGAACCCCGCCACAACCAGUCAGCAGGCGACAGUCUUUUAUCACCUUAGAAAAGUUUGACAGCUCUGGGAAUCGCUCUUUUAGUCCUUUGUCUGAAACAAAAUUUCCAAAAGCAAAGGAAGUUAUUUUGGUGCCAGAUAGUCAAGAAGUAAAGAAUACAAAACAAAAGCGCAAGGAAAAAGAAAAUAAAAAAAUUACCAGCAGAGACCGAAUCGCAAAAUGAUAAAUCAAGACCUGCAUCCAGAAGAGGGUCAAGAGCUCUGCGUCAAGUUGAAGACACAAAGCAGAAACUUGAAGCACCUGAACAACCUAGUCUGAAAUGUGAAAGUGUAGUGGACACAGGGCCUUCAGAAGAAAUGGAAGACAGUGAGUGUGUCCCAGAAUCUCAGCUUCCUCAGCAGGAAGAACAUGUUGUGGACCAUGAUAAGGAAAAUUCAGCACCGGAGAAUAUUACAGAAUUCAAAGAAAACACUCCACCAGAGACUAGCACAACCGUAAAGGAAGAUGCUCAAGUGACUCAGAAAGCACCUGGUAAUCUAAUUGUGUUGAGGCGUUCUUCCAGGAGGCAAUCGGAAAUAAUGGAAGCCGUUAAAAAGGAGGCUGCAACAGAAAAACAAUCCCAGACCAAGGAAGAGCAAAAAAUAGGUUCAAAAAAGAUUCCUCCAUCUAAAGAAACUCCCGUUAAGCAACAAAGUGAAAAGCUUACAAAAGCUGUAGAAAAAGAUACUGACAGUUCCAGAAAUAGUCAGGAAAGUUUACAAGUUAAAACAUUGAAGAACACUGAUAACGAUGAGGAACUUCCAGACUCUAACUCCAGCGAAAAGAUGACAAGAGGCAGAUCUAGAUAUCAGACACGAAGGUCUCUGCAGACUCUUCAGGCUGCCAACGAAAAUUCAGAAUCUGAUAAUUCAGAACCUCGUGAACUAACAGGCAAGCGAAAACGAGGUAGACCUAAGAAGGCAGAUGGAUCUGAAAAGAAGGAAAAAGAGGAAAGCUCUCAGGAGUCACAGAAUGAUACAGCUACUUUUGAUAUGGAACCAGAUAAAGGUGAGUGCGCUUCUGAUGUGGUCUCUGACAUGGAUUCCCAGCCAGAAAUAGAUGGAGAAACCUACACGAUCUCGACCGAUACCUCUGCAUUGCCAACAAAGAUUCCAAAGUUAGAGGAUGGCAGAAAUACAGAGUUAGGCUCUACCAUGGAAAUCAACAACACAUGUGAACUUGCCAAACUUUGCAGCACGGUGCAAAGCUUAAUGACUGAGCCUUCUGCUGGGGACUUUUCCACUGCACUUUCUGAUGUAUUUAGAAAUUCUGAAAGCACGUCAAAGUUGCCUGACUGCCCUCAUAAAAGAAGUCGGAGAAUCAGAAGGUCCAAGGGUUGUGACUGUUGCGAGGCUUCAGGAAGACAAGAAAAGUCCUUCAUGGAAUUAAAAUCUGAAGAGUCAGAAAGUAAAAACAAGACUAUCAAUGCAUCAUCUGACAUGCAGUUCAACUGUACUUUCUCUGUGCCGUGUGCUGUUAGCACACCACUUGUUACAGCAAAACAGCAAGCAUUUUUCAAAGGCUUUGCCGCAGAAAUUAAAUCUGACACAGAGUCAGAGCUUGACCAAACAGUUGUUCAAUUUAGUAAGAGUAACACAGAAGAAGUAACAGAAAUUUAUGUUCAGACAAAAACAAUAGAAGCUUUGGAAUCCUCAACUGAGCCUACUGCAGAAGUGACAGAAAUUCAAAAAUAUACACACGGUGACAAUGUGAGCUUUCAGAAGCAAAGUAGUAAAGAACCAUGUGCAGAAAAUAAACAAAAUGUUGAGGCAGAAAAAGAAAACAUCUGCAAGACCUUUGAUGUAGAGAUCAUUGAAACAUCUACAAAUGACCAGACUUGUGCAAAACCAGAGGAGGAGCUGGAAGAUGCUCAGAUUAUAGUAGAUGAGUGUAAUAAUGUGGCUGAAAUUGAAGAGAGAGACCACUCUGCCACACCAAGUCAGGAUUUUGCUGAAGUGAAUAAUUUAGAGGUGGACAAAGAUCCUGCUAAAGAUACUGAAAUAGUAGUAGACAUUGCACCUGCGAAGCUUGCGCUAGCUACUGCUAUGGAAACUGAAGCAGAGGAGGAUGGAGCUCUUGCUGAGAAGACUAAAGCAAAUGUUGGCGAAGCUUCUGUUGAACUGGCUGAGCCCAGAGAAGAAUCUUUUGUUGGGAUGGCUGAGGAAGAGAUGAACAAAGCUGUUUUGAAAGAAACAGGACAACAGGUGGAAAGCGCUUUUUCAGGGGAGACUGAUGCAGAGGUCAACACAUCUCCUCCUGGGGAGACUGAAGUAGAGAUAGACAAAGCUGCUGCUGAGGAGACUGAAGCAGAGGUAGGCAAAGAUCCUGCUGAGGAGACUGAAGCAAGGGGGGGUACAGCUUAUCCUAAGGAGAUCGAAGCUGAGUUGGACACAGCUGCCCCCAAUGAAUCUGAAGCAGAGGUUGGCACAUCCCCUCCUGGGGAGAGGGAAGAAAACAGAGCCUGUCAGAAAUUAAGGGUAGAUCUGGUUACAGAGACUUUAGUUGAAGAGAAAACUUUGAACAUAGAUGAUGGAAACAUUAAACUUCAGCGAGAAAAUGCUCAGAGGACUUGUGAGGAGAAUGCAGUAACUUGUAUAUUUCCAUCUGCUGACACCUUGCCGCUAAAAGUAACCUUGACUAAAGGGGUUAAAAUGGAUGAAGAUUUAACAACUGCUGCAGAGAAGUGUGCUGCUCCGAGAGUAUCUGAAAGUAUGCAGAUAGAUCUAGGUGAAGGACAGUCCAACACAGAUUCACCUCCUAAAAUAAAAGGCUUGAUUUCUAUGGCCCAAGCCAAUGAUAGCCCCAGUGGAAGCUUCAGCUGGUCUCCAUCUGCAUCACCUUCAACAAGCAUUCUGAAGAAAGGGAUAAAGAGACAACAGCAGGAAUUGGACUCCCCCUCUCCACUUAACAAGAUUAGGAGAGUAUCAUUUGCUGAUCCAAUAUAUCAAGAAGGAUUGGCAGAUGACAUUGAUCGCCGUAGCCCUGUGAUUAGAAGCAAUUCAAGUAGCUCACCAUCCUCAAGAAGUCUUAAAAUGCUAACGAGUACUCAGCCAAAGAUUAUCACCACCCCAACCAAAGGAUUUGUGUCUCCUGGGUCUCGUGUUCUUGGAUUUAAGAGUUCAAAGAAGAGUUUGAUUUCAGAAAUGACCAAAGAGUCUAUGCCAUCUCCUAAAGAAAGUGUCUACCCUGCCCUUAUGAACUGUGCAACAUCCAUUGAUGUCAUUCUUCCACAGAUUACCUCCAAUAUGUGGGCCAGAGGACUUGUACAGUUCAUCCGUGCUAAAAAUAUAAAAACAAUUGGCGACCUCAGUACGCUUACACCUUCUGAAAUUAAGACAUUACCAAUCCGUUCUCCAAAGAUCUCUACUGUGAAAAAAGCUCUGCGAACCUACCAUGAGCAGCAGACAAAGGCAAAAGGCUUUGAUGAAUUUGCUGCCCUUGAUGAAGCUGAAAAGCCAAUAAAUGGUCUUGAUGAGAAGCCAUUAUCAGCUGUAGAAAAACUUGAAACU